AUAAAUUGUUUGUGUAUUGAAAACAAUACAUUUAGACAACAAUUGAAUGAAUUGGAAGUACAAUACAUGUCACUGAAGAAUAAGAUGAAGAAGAAAUCGUUGUCGAAGAAGAUAUCGGCGACAAUAGAUAAUCACAAGAAUAAUGAGGACAUGACUAGUGAUGAUAAUAACAAACUGUUGACAAAACAAAGAUAUAAGAAAUCGGCGGUUAAUUCACGCAUUAAAAGACAAGUUGUUGUCGCCGUCAAAACUACUGAUACCAUCACCGCUGAUGACGACAACAAUAGUGAUAUGAAUGAAAGAGUUUUGUCUGAAGCCAACGAUAUUACCACAACUGAUGACAUCACUUCUGGCGGCAGUAAGAAGAUAAAGAAUUUCAUCUGCGAUUACAACGGAUGCGACAAACGAUUUCGUCAGAGAGACCAUCUUCUGCAACACUAUCGGGUGAAACAUACAAACGAACGGCCAUUUGUCUGCCAGGACUGUGACAAAGGUUUUCCGACGGCGCAGACACUGAAAAAUCAUAUGACAACCAAACAUCCCUCGAUUGGAAAGGAGUUCCGCUGUUCGAUCAUCGGGUGUUCAUUCAGGACACAAGUGCUGCAGAAACUGUACGAUCAUAACCAGUCGCAUAAACCGAAAAACGGUACGAAACGUGUACGCAAAUUGAUGGCCAAUAAAUUUGUAUGCGAUUGGAUCGGCUGUUCAAAACAAUAUUCACAGAAGCGUAACCUCGAGACACACAUUCGUAGUCAACAUACCAAAGACCGACCGUUCAGUUGCCAGAACUGCGACAAACUGUUCGCCAGUCAAGAAAUACUCAGACAACACGUGGCGGCCWUCCAUACGGAUGGCGGCGAACCUAAGUUUAUCUGUCAACACGUCGGCUGCGACUAUAAGAGUCGUACGUCGGCUGCACUCUACCAGCACAAGUUGCAGCACCGGCCGAAACUAGUGAAGCCUAAAAUAGUUUCGGCCAAACACAAGAAACAGUUGAAAUUUGUGUGCGAAGUAGUUGGCUGUCAGAAACGUUUCCAGUGUCGCGAACAUCGGUUGGCGCACUUCCGUAACCGACAUACCAACGAAAGGCCGUUCAAAUGCGAUGAAUGCGGCGCCCAGUUUGCCAUCGAACGGUACCUUGACUUUCAUAGGUCUAAGAUUCAUACGGACGCACCGGUAGUCCGGUGUAAAUAUGAUGGCUGUCCAUAUGAAACACGUGUCGAUAGUCGACUCGCUAUUCACUAUUUGAGACACGAAGACGUUCGGAAGUUUGAGUGCCAGUCAGUCGGAUGCGGCAAACGGUUUGUUACUAAACGGUUGCUCGGAAUGCACGCUAAGCUACACACUGAGGAGCGACCGUUUCCGUGCAGUUGGCCCGGUUGUGACAAACAGUUUAGAAAUAAUUUCCAAUUGAAAAUGCAUUUGGAACGACAUUCGGGUGUCCGGGCCUACCGGUGCCCACUGCCCGACUGCGACAAAUCGUAUACUACACAAAAAGGACUGGAACAGCAUAGUCGGGCUCAUACCAUGCCCUACCAGUGUUCGUGGCCGGCUUGCGAGGCCCGCUAUCAAAAUAGUAUUAAACUCAAGGAUCAUAUGAAUGGACAUCAGGGUAUCAAACCAUUUAGUUGUCAUUUUCAGGGAUGCGAUGUCAGCUAUAGUAGCCGAGACUCGUUGAGAAUGCAUUGGAGACAAACACAUAAAUAUAUUAAAACUUACAUUGAUAAACUGUUAAAAAUAAUGGCAAACCUACUGAUUAAGGAUGUAUUUGAAGAGUUAAGCGAAGAAAACGAUAGACUUCUGUGUGAACUAAGAUAUUGUCGACAAUUGUCUGAAUUGUUUGACAAAUACAGACAAUURAUGAUUAAAUUCAAUACGGAUUGUGUUUGCAAUGAAAAUCAGUCAAACAAAACACUGUUCAGUGAACUGGAAGUCGAAUAUAUGACACUUAAGUCGCUGAAGAUAUCAUUAUCAGUGGUGUCAUCAACUGAUCCAGUAGUUGACGAGAAAACUAAUGUAAAAACAAUUGUUAUGAAAAAAAGACAAAAAACUAUUAAGAGAUGUAUUAAAACAAGUGAUGACAACGACAACGACGAGAAGAUAACGACGACGAAGAAGAAGAAGAAGUUGAAUAAAUUGAAGUUGAAGUACAAGAAUAGGUCUGACGAUAACAACAACAACAACAAGAAGAGGUCAUCAUUUCUCGAUGAUUAUAAGCCACGACAUCAUCAUCCGAAACAACGAUACAAACUGAAGACAUCGACUGUAUUGCGCUGCCAGUGGACAGACUGCGACUAUGAGCGCGUAUUUCCCAACAAACGUCAACUCGUGGCACACGUCCGGAGCAAACAUACCAAAGAGCGGCCGUAUAAGUGUCUGCUGUGCGACAAGUCGUUUGUUGUCGAGUUGUAUCUGAAAAAUCAUAUGAAGAUUACACAUCCAACCGAUGGUACGCCAGUUUCUGGUCGCUAUCAAUGCCAAUACAGUGCCGAUUGUCAGUAUUGUACGAAAAGUAAUGAAGAACUAGAGGCACAUCAUUUGCGCCAUCAGAAUCUCAGGCCAUAUAAGUGCGAUGUCGACGGUUGCGACAAAAGCUAUUUCCGUCGGCGAGCACUGGACCGACACAAGCGUUGUGUACACACCGACGACAGGCCGUUCGGGUGUGAGUGGCCGGGAUGUGAGUCGAGGUUUAAGGACGAAUGGCUAUUGAAUAGGCACAAGAAGAUUCACGGCGGACUGCGGGCCUAUCGGUGCGAUUACGAAGGUUGCAAUAAGUCGUACAACAAUAGCAACGGACUGUUGCAGCACAAGAACGCCCACCGACGGCCGUAUGUGUGUUCGUGGCCGGCAUGUGAGGCCCGAUUUGCGGCCAAUGUUAAGCUCAAAGAUCAUAUGAACGAACACCAGGGCCUCAAACCGCAUGAGUGCCAGUUUGACGGCUGCGACGCCCGGUUUACCAGCAAACAGACACUCAGAUAUCAUUGGCGACACAUUCAUCACUAUAUUAAGUCAUUUACACACAACACACCAAAACCUGUUAUAAACGACAAUAAUAUUACAUAA